AUGGCAAGUAAACAUCACCUCUUCCUCCUCCUGUUGAUGGUAGCUUGCUGUGGUCUACCCUUGACAGUCGAACUCUUACUUGGAGAUGCGACACCACUGACUUCAUCCUUCCAACCCCGUCUUGGAAGCUCCUUUAGGAAAUGCCAUCAGGACUUUGAGCUGAAGGAAGCCAAUUGCAAGAAGAGAGGACUCGAUUCCAAGCUGGCGUUAAGAGGAAACACGAUUAAGCAACUUCACUCGGAUUUACUGACAGGGUUAAAGUAUUUAAAAAGCAUUGACCUUGAAAGGAACUUGUUAACGUACCUCGCUGAAGACAUUUUUUCAAACAAUAAAAUACUGACAAAUAUUUCAUUAGCGAAUAACAAAAUAUCGCUUUUCAACAAAAGUACUUUUACACCUAUUAAAUCUUCUCGUUCAUCUCUUGAUCUUUCCGGUAACCCAAUUAUCUGUAACUGUGAUCUGAAGUGGCUUCUUGUUUGGCUAAAUGGGCCGAUACGCCUCAUCAAUGAGGAAGCAACAAGCUGUUCAUUCGCGUCAAUGCUUCCUCUUCGUGAGAAACCUCUGCUCGAUUUUGAUGUUAACAUACUUUGUACAUCCGACAACAUUCUCCUUGUUUGUUUAAUUCCCCUCGCCGGCAUCAGCGUGAUUGUCAUUGUCGUACUCGUUUAUCACAAUCGAUGGCCGCUGAGAUACAAAUUCUUUCUCUUGAAACUAGCAGCCCUCGGGUAUAUGGAGAUACAAGAUGCUAGAGACCACAAUGACUACGAGUUCGAUUUGAACGUUAUCUUCUACGACGAUGACGAAGAAUGGGUUCGACAAUUUCUCCAACCAGCUCUUGAAGAACAGCUUCCACAGUUUCAGAAGAACGUCUUUGGUGACGGAGAUCUCGUGCCGGGUAUGCACUACUUGGAUUCCGUUGACUACGUGGUGAGCCAUAGUUACAAGACCAUCAUUUUACUCAGUACAGCUGCCGUGCAAGAUCGCUGGUUUAUGCUCAAGUUCCGGACGGCCAUGGACCACGUGAGUGACACUCAGACCGAAUUCGUAGUCGUGGUCUUUCUUGAAGACAUCCCAGACGACGAGAUACCUUUCCUGGCGAGGUUGUAUCUCAGAGAUGGCAGACCUUAUCUCCAUUGGACUGAAGACGUGAGAGGACACGACUAUUUCUGGGACAAAUUGGUCAAAACUUUGACCAUUAAUCUAAGGACCAAUGACUUAGUCCCAAACGAGUAG